AGGAUGAGCCCAGCACCCCCAGCCUGGGCAGUCUGGCCCCGAGGCAGGGGCAUGGGGUCCGGCAGCCCCCAGCACCUCCUCCCUGUGCUCUGCAUCCUCUGGGUGCUGGCCGGGCGCCUGCCCUCUGCCACGGCCCAGUGGUUUUAUCCCCUGGGCUUGGACGACACCACCCCAGACCCAGGCACGAGCCCCACAGCGCCCAUCCUGGAUGGGGAGGAAGACAGAGAUGCCGUGGAGCCCACUCGGAAGAUGCUGCUGAGCAAACCCCCGCUGGCAACAGCCCCCAGACGCCGGGACCCCCUCGCCAGGGGUGCAGCAAAGGGUCUGAGCCAUGCCCCACCACGCACACGAGGCCAGCAGCAGCGACCCACAGUCACGCCGGAGGUCUUCGAGGGGAGUGCAGAGGAAGAGGAGUUCCUGCAGAUCAAGACAACAGCAAAGGGGCUGCCCCAGCGGGUGCCCCCAGCCCCGGAGGUGGACCCUGCUCUCCAGAUGCACAACGGCUCCCGCUGCGUCUGCCCCGUGCGCCCCGGCCCUCCUGGCCCUCCCGGCCCCAAGGGAGACAAGGGUGACCGAGGAUCCCCGGGGGACAGAGGCCAGCCAGGGCUCUCUGGGGAGAGAGGGAAGUCCGGCAGCCCAGGGCAGCCGGGUCACCAGGGGCCCCGGGGUCCCCCAGGUCCUCCGGGACCGCCAGGACCCCCAGGCACUUGGGGAGCCAGGAGCCAACCUGCACCCGCCACCCUCCCCAAGGGAUCAGAGAAUGAGCAACUGGGAGCAUCCAGCCCUGCGAGAAACACGGGACCCCCAGGCCCCCCCGGGUUGCCAGGACCCCCAGGCUACCCAGGCCAUGAAGGCCUCCCAGGGGUCCCUGGACGGGAUGGGCAGCCAGGACCCCCCGGCCCACCAGGGGCUGUGGGACCCCCCGGUUUCCCUGGGGCUGAAGGACCUCCAGGGUCUCCAGGCAUGGCUGGGCCAGAUGGAUCUCCGGGGGCACCGGGGCUCCCAGGGCCCCAAGGUCCUCCCGGGGUGCCUGGGCAAGAAGGACCCCCAGGUCCCGCAGGACCUACAUCACUCCCUGGCAAACCAGGGCUCCGAGGGGAGCCGGGAUUCCCUGGAAUUAAGGGUGAGAAGGGUGAAUAUGGACUGCCAGGCAUGCCGGGGAGCCCUGGCCGGACCGGAGAGACUGGCUCCCCGGGCAUGCCUGGGCCCAUGGGGCCGCCGGGGCCACCAGGGGACUACAGGUGCAACUUGCACCACGCAGGGCACCACGGAUCAGCCGGGCCACCGGGCCCCAAGGGAGAAAAGGGUGACCCCGGAGAGCGGGGGCGCUGCUACGGGGAACACGGGUGCAAACCAGGCCACCCCUCAUUCCCCAGCACCAGCAGCCAUGCCGGCUCCUGGGUGCCCAUCAGUGGGUACCAGACGGGCAGCAAAGACGAGACAGAUUUUUACGGAGCAAUCAUUCCCCAUGGUCUUCAAGGUCCUCCUGGGAACCCCGGCCCCCCCGGGCCCCCUGGCCCCCCUGGAGCACCAGGUCUCCUCUACCUCAACAGGGUUUACCCCAUCCGUGCCCAGCCGCCCUGCAAGCAGUCGGCAGCCCCUGACGCAGGCUGGGCAGAAGGUGCCGACAUGCCUCGGACGGAGCCGCUGGACUCCCACACCCAUCUCCAGCGCCAGAUGUGGGUCUUCAGGUCCAAGGAGCUGAUGCUGAAGUCGGGCAGUGCCGUGCCCGAGGGGAGCCUGGUCUACGUGCGGGAAGGGAGCAGCGCCUUCCUCCGGACCCCCACCGGCUGGAGCCGCCUCCUGCUGGAGGAUUCGAAAUCGCUCUUUGCUGGUGAUGACCCCUCUGUCUCCACCCCACGGUACCAGGAGGCAAAGCGGGUGCAGACAAGAGGUCCUGACAUGGCACCGCCUGCGCUGACCCCAGUGGACUCACUGGUCCAGAAGGAAGGGGGACAAGAGAUGCCCCAGAUCCUGCCAACCACCAUUGUCCCACGGAUCCCAUCACUCCGCCUGGCCGCGCUGAACGUGCCCCUCACCGGUGACAUGAGCGGGAUCCGCGGUGCCGACCUGCAGUGCUACCGCCAGUCCCAGGAGGCUCAGCUCUAUGGCACCUUCCGGGCAUUCCUGUCAGCCCCCACCCAGGACCUAGUCUCCAUCGUCAAGAGGACAGACAGGAACCUCCCUAUCGUCAACCUGAAGGGUCAGCUGCUGGCCAAGUCCUGGAGCUCCCUCUUUGAGGGCCAGACCAGCGCUGCCCUGCGGGGCCCCAUCUACUCCUUCAACGGGGGCAAUGUCCUGACGGAUCCUCUCUGGCCCCGGCGGCUGGCCUGGCACGGAUCCACAUCACGGGGCAGCCAAGCCCGCAAGCGGGAUUGCCAGGGCUGGCGCAGCUCCAGCGCCGGGGAGGGCCUGGCUGUCGCGCUGGGUGAGGGCAGGCUGCUGGCUGGGCAGCGGCACAACUGCUCCGAGGCACUGGUGGUGCUCUGCGUGGAGGUGGUCUUUCCCUACCGGCACAUGUGGUGAUCCCGGUACCGUGGCACCGGUGGUCUCCAGCCGCACGCUCCAGGCAGCUUCCCCUGUCCUGUGGGUAAGGAUAUGGGGUAGCGCAGGGAAUAGAAGUGCAGCACUGGAGCCAUGCGAGAGCAUCGAGAGGAUGCCAACUGCGCAGCCGGGCUCAUCACAGGUUGUGCCAACCCCAUAGCUCCCUGUGCCACAGGGGGAUGCUGGUCUGUGCCCAGCUGCCUCCCUGCAGUGCCAGUGAAGGGAAUGCUGUCACUGUUCUGGAAAUAAAGACACAAAAUGCUGGGGUUGG